AUGCCAGGAGAUCUGACUGGGGAGGUUCUAAUGAAACGGUUCCAGUACCGAGCAGACACAGACCCGAACAAAGAUGGAUUUGUCUUUGUUGACCAAACAAUGAACAGGAUUCCCUUAUCCAGGUUCCAGAUAUGGGACAUGAGUGGACGUUACGCGUCUCGCCUUAGACGUUACGGCAUAAAGACUGGCGAUGUUGUUUGCUCAAUGAUGAAAACAUCCAGGACAAAACUCAUCACAACUUUCGGUGUCAUAGCUGCCGGUGGUGUCUUUAUCAAUGGGCUGGCUAUGCUAAAUGACGGUCAAGAUAUUUUUAGAGUCCUGAAUACAUCGAACAGUGAAACGAUUUUAACGUCAUGGAGUAACCCAGAAUUUGUCUUUCUUCAGAAGUAUUUACAAAUGAGGAAAUCGCCAUCAGAUGUUGGGUUUGAAACCAUCAUCCCGGUACAGUGUAGCCAGGCCCCGUGUCUGAAACAGCUGAUCGUGUACAAGUUAAACAGCCACCAAGACCACACAACUUUCCUCUCUUCUCUCGCUGAUGAAGACUUCUAUGAGGCUGACGUCAAUACUGAUGACGAGGCUUACAUUUUCUUGACUUCCGGAAGUACCAGCUACUCCAAGAUGGUGCCCAGAACACACAGGGAAUGUCUAGCUAUAGCCGACUCCAUCAAGCAAGACGUCGACAUAGUUCUCAACAACCGUAAAAUGGAAUGGAUCGGUGGGUUCCCGAGCCUAUACCUGGGCUCAGGUGCCACGACCAUAGUCCAAGAGUACCUGGACGGUUCCAGUACAUUGAAUGUAGCAGACAUGUGGAACUUUGCCUGCGACGAAGGGGCGUCGGCUGCCGUCCUUUUGCCCCCUGAAGUCAUGGUCAUCAAGCAGGCAUUCGAUGAGGGCAAAAUCACAAGACACAUUAAAAGAAUCAUAAGUGGAGCACAACCCAUAAGAAGGGUAGGAAAUAAAUAA